AGUUAGAUUGAUAGUGUCACCCGGAAUGGUUGAAAGCUCGCCAUCGACUCACAUUGUUACGUUCGCUUAUCAUGCGGUGAGGCGAUUGCGGCGUCACGAAGGGAAUAAACAAUCGCCCUACGGGAAGUGCAGUGAUAGCGAGUGCAGUUUGUAUGCUUGAAUCAAUUUCGGUACCGGUGCUUUGGAAAAAGCAUUGUAUUUUUUUGGAGUUUUAAGCAAAAAGGUCAUACAUUUCUGCCCGCUACCUCAGUACGACUGGUUGUUUCAUGAGCGAAAUGCUCCAGAAAAUAGUGCUACUGUUUGUGUUGGCUUUUGGCACCCACGCUGAGGAGGAAGACGUAAUUCCCACUGGCACUAAUAGAAUCGGCUUUGGAAGCAGCAAUUUCAGCGCCAAACGUGAUGUGCGGUUCUACUUGUACACUCCACUUACCGUGAAUGAGCCUCACGUGUUCUCGAUUGAGACGGUUGGAACUGUUUCGCGUUCGUUCUACAACAACAGUCUCCCGCUGCGUAUCGUCAUACACGGGUGGAUGAACAACAUCACAUCGCUUGCGAUUCGUGGCGUUAAGGAUGCCUAUCUGGCCAGCAACGGUCAGUACAACAUCAUAGGUGUAGACUGGAACAAGGGAGCAGGCGAAGCUUAUCUACGGUCCUCUCAGUACACUCUGGCCGUGGGACAUGUUGUAGCUGAUUUGAUUAAUCGGAUGGUUCGCUCCGGAAUGACAACGAUGGACGGAAUCUACUUGAUCGGACACAGCUUGGGCGCACACAUAGCCGGAAACGCCGGUCGACUGGUGAGCGUAGGUAGGCUAAAAGCAAUUUUCGGAUUGGACCCAGCAUCGAUCAACUUCUUCGAGGACGAACCGGACAGCCGACUUAGUCCGGACGACGCCGAGUACGUCGAGGUUAUCCACACCAGUACGCAAUUUUCCGGAUAUCCUCACCCCAUCGGUCGCGUUGACUUUUAUCUCAAUUAUGGCAAGAAGCAGCCUGGAUGCACAACAGAAUCCUGCAGCCACGGACGGUCUAUCGAAUACUUUAUGGAGUCCCUGUCGAAGGAUUGUAAAGGCUUCUGGGGUGCUCGCUGUGAUGAUUACAACGAACUGAAAACGAAAAAGUGCUACAAUCUCAAACAGCAGGGACUGCUGGGCGGUGAUCCUGCUCGACUUCAAAAUGAGAAAGGAAUUUAUGUUGUUAUCACGGCCGUCGAUUCUCCUUACGCUUUAGGUUUCAACUAUUGAUAGGCAAUGAGUAAGGAAUGUACCAAUAAAUUUUUUUUUUUUUA